AUGCUGACCGUGGUGCACUGCCUCUUGUCGGUUAGCCUCUGGUGCAAGCUCCAAUUUCCUCUGAGUCAGGCUGGUCACUUACUCACUGGUGGCAGACGUUUGGACCUAGCCCCGCCGCAGUUUCUGACGUUAUCUCGGCAGCACUGCACUGCAGGAUUCCUGGAAGCUCGACACAUUGAAGCCUCACACGACCCUCAUGGGGUUAUUUUUCAAUCUGCCCUGCUAGGGAUUGGGGUUGAACCCCAAGAACCUCAGGCUAAGGCGCAGGUUGAGCAAUCCUGGGGCACCAUGGCUAUUCCAUCGAUCGAGUCCUACUACCAUCAGAUUUCCAGCAUCUUGACCGCUCCACGCCCCAGCCCGUGGUCUAUUUAG